AUGCCAGACCAACUGGUUGCAAAAAUAAUAGCGAAAGCCACACAAUUCAGUAAAACUCUACCGAAUGUAGUUAGAAUUAAUUCAGAUGUUGCUAAAGCAACAGUCACCGUGUGUGGAGACAUUCAUGGACAAUACUACGAUUUGCUCAACAUUUUCAAGCUAAAUGGCAAGCCAUCUGAAACUAACUACUAUGUUUUCAAUGGAGAUUUCGUCGACAGGGGCAGUUUUAGUUUAGAAGUUAUUAUUACUUUGUAUGUGUGCAGACUUAUCUGGCCUAAAUUUAUCCACCUUACCCGCGGUAACCAUGAAUCAAAAGACAUGACUCAACUGUAUGGAUUUAAACACGAAACCGAGAAAAAAACUAAUAGCAGUAUUUAUAAUUUAUUUAUUGAAUCGUUCGAAUACUUGCCUUUAGCUCACAUUAUCAGCGAACGUAUAUUUGUGGUGCACGGUGGGUUGCCUUCUACUAAAGGCGUCACAAUAGAUAAAAUAAAUUCACUCUUACGAGUUAAAAAUUCCGAUCCUAUUAUCACUGAUUUAUUGUGGGCUGACCCAGGUGUUGCAGAAGGAACCAGUGCAAGCCAGCGCGGUGUGAGCCACGUUUUCGGUCCGGAUUAUACUGAAGAGUUUUUGAAAACAAACAACUUGGAUCUCGUAAUCAGAUCCCACGAAGUCAAAAACUCGGGCUGGGAAAAAAUGCACAAUGACAAGCUAUAUACGAUUUUCAGUGCGCCCAACUACUGCGACACAAUGCAAAAUCUCGGCGCUUACUUAAAGUUCUCGUUCAGCAAAUUGCACGACAAAAACUGGCAGGUCGAACCAGAAAUAAUCGAGUUUAAAGAAGUUACGCACCCUAGUGUUCCAGCCAUGCAGUACUCUGCAUUUAAUUUUUAA